AUGUCGUCGCGGCUGUGCGUGAAGAACCUGCCCAAGGGCGCCGACGAGAGGCGCCUUCGGGAGGUGUUCUCGCGGAAGGGCGAGGUCACCGACGCCAAGGUCAUCCGAACAAAGGAUGGCAAGAGUCGGCAAUUUGCAUUCAUUGGUUACAGAACCAAUGAAGAGGCAGAGGAGGCACUCAAGUAUUUCAACAAUACAUACAUUGACACUUGUAAGAUCACCUGCGAGGUUGCCCGAAAGAUUGGUGACCCUGAUGCUCCUCGCCCUUGGAGCCGCCACUCUUUAAAAAAGCCCGAAUAUGGUAGUAAAGACAAGAAUAAUGCUGUAGCUGUUGAUGCACUGCCAAAAGGUUCCAAGGCCCAAGGAACAUCGGCCCAUGCUAGUGGUUCUAAAGGCAGUGUAGCUAAUGAUCCCAAGUUCCUAGAGUUUCUUGAGGCUAUGCAGCCCCGUUCUAAAGCCAAGAUGUGGGCAAAUGAUACAGCUGCUACUCUUGACACCGCUGCAAAAGAUAGCAUAGUAGCCACUAAAGAAUCUAAGGGACCUCUCAAAAAUGUUCCGGCCUCUGAGAAUGAUUCAUCUUCUGAAGACACUUCUGAUGAGGAAAAGGCAAAUGAUUCGUCUUCUGAAAAUGCUUCGGAGAAACUACAGACAGAGAAUAAACAAGACAAGGAUAUGACUGAUGUAGAUUUCUUCAAGAGUAAAGUGAAGAAAAAUUGGUCAGAUUCUGAAUCAGAUGAUGAAGGUUCUGGUGACCAGUCGGGUACUACCACUGAUGAUGAAGACUCGUCAGAUGAAUCAGAAGAUGCUGAUAACCAGUUGGCGGAUAUGAAGGGCUAUCUGGACAAGAAAAACAUUGUGGACAAGGACACUCUUGUGGAGAAUACUGACUUGCAAGAGAUGGAAGAUCUUGACAACAAAGAGAGUGAAGAUCUUGAUGGCAGACGAAGAGAAACUGAAAUUCGUGAAGAUCAAGAAAAGGAAGAUGAAAAUGGUGCUUCAAUUACUGAUGAAAAGAAGUUGGUCCUGGAGACUGGCCGUCUAUAUAUCUGCAACCUUCCGUAUGCAACCAGUGAAGAUGAUUUAGUGGAGCUGUGCCGCCAAUAUGGUGAUGUGGAACAGGCACAUAUUGUUGUCGAUAGAACCACAAAGCUCUCAACAGGUAGAGGCUAUGUGCUUUUUUGCCUUCCGGACUCAGCAGUCAGGGCACUUGAUGAACUAGAUAAUUCAAGCUUCCAGGGCCGAGUGUUACGUGUUAAGGCUGCUAAACCGCAAAAUAAUAAUAAGUUGGAGUCUAAUCAUGAAACUGUUGUGGAGAAAAUGAGUCUCAAGCAGAAAAGGUUGGAACAAAAGAAAGCUUCUGAGAUCAGUGGGGAUACGAGAGCAUGGAACAGCUUUUAUAUGCGUCAAGAUACUGUUGUUGAAAACAUUGCAAGGAAGAAUGGUAUCAGUAAGAGUGAGUUACUUGAUAGAGAAGCGGAUGACCUUGCCGUUCGUAUUGCUCUUGGUGAGACACACGUCAUUGCAGAGACUAAGAAAUUUCUAUCAAGGUCUGGAGUUAAUGUUGCUGCAUUGGAAGAACUUGCUUCUAAAAGAAACGAGAAGUUCAAAAGAAGCAAUCAUGUGAUAUUAGUAAAGAACUUACCAUUUAAUUCUACUGAGGAAGAACUCGCGGCAAUGUUUCAGAAACAUGGGAUACUCCUCUGUAUUUGGAGUGGGCACCUGAAAACAUAUUAUCUGCUACCUCAGCUCCGGUGGAUGAAGGAAGAAAAGAAUGAAGUUGGUGAGCGUAUUGUUACUAAGGCUAAUAUAGAGCAAACUGUCGAAGGUGUAAGCGCCGAAGAGAUUGAUCCAGAUAGGGUGGAGUCACGAUCUGUGUUUGUCAAGAACUUAAAUUUCAAGACAACAGAUGAAUCGUUGAAGCAGCAUUUCAGUACAAAGCUAAAGAGUGGCAGUCUUAAAAGUGCAACGGUGAAGAAGCAUGUUAAGAAGGGCAAGAAUGUUUCAAUGGGAUUUGGUUUCGUUGAGUUUGACUCUGUUGAAACUGCAACUGGUGUGUGCAAGGAUCUACAGGGAACAGUUCUGGAUGGACAUGCUUUGAUCUUGCAACUGUGUCAUGGGAAGAAAGAUGGUCAAGCUGCAAAGAAGAAUGGCAAGGAUAAAAGUUCAACAAAACUGCUUGUGCGUAAUGUAGCAUUUGAAGCAACUGAGAAGGACUUGAGGCAGUUAUUUAGUCCGUUUGGCCAGAUCAAAAGCCUCAGGCUGCCUAUGAAGUUUGGAAGCCACAGAGGUUUUGCAUUUGUUGAAUAUGUCACAAAACAAGAGGCCCAGAAUGCUCUACAAGCCCUCGCAAGCACUCAUCUUUAUGGUCGCCACCUGGUGAUUGAGCGAGCAAAGGAAGGAGAGACUCUUGAGGAACUGCGAGCAAGAACUGCCGCACAGUUUGUGGAUGAACACAGCGGUUUCCAGAGCUUGUCCAGGAAGAGGAAACAGAGCAGUCUUGUGGACGAAGGCUCUGUUAAAAUUUCAAGAAUAGUAGAGUGA